CAUGAUUCGCAUUACGUCAAAAAUUUCUCUGUCCAAUAUCAUAUCUUUUUAUCCAUAUAUAUAUAUAUAUAUAAUUUGAAUUUAAAUCGUAUAAAAUUGGACGAGCAAAUUCACAAAACAAAUGAAAAUUUGUGAAGAAUGGUUCAGAGCAGGUUGGUAUGCUGCCUACAUUCUGCUCUAUGUCUGUGCGCAUCCAGUGAGAGAUCAAUCGAACGAGAUGUACAUUAGCAGCUCGAGAUUGCUUAAUCCUGAAUCAGACGAAUACGGCUUCGAGAAGGAAGUAUCUGCGACUAAAUUAUUCGAGAUUCACGAAGAUAGUAGAGAGAAGUUUGAGGAAAAUAACCCGUCAAGAGCGACACGAGCAAAGGGCAAACCGGUUCUACUACCUUUGAUGAUAGAACCCGAGGCAGAGAUGUUACCGCGGGGUUAUAAGGGUGUGAAGCCGCCUGGAGUCACCCACAUGGAGUUUACACACGUGAAACCGCAAACCGAUACGUCAGUUCGCGAAAGCGCAACAUUGCGAACUUUCGUGAUAAACGAUGACGAAAAUUCCAGUAAAUUCGGUGGAUUUGGUCGAGAUGAAGAUGCGCAUUAUGCCGCGUCGAAGUACGAGGAGCAGGUUGCAAGAAACGAUCGUGGCAGCGAGAGAAUCGUCGUUCUCGAGGUAGAUUUAAAGGAUGACUUGAAGCAGAACAGUAAGAAAAGCGAGGAGGAUACCGAAGCUUUCGGUGCGGAAAAGAGCCAUUUUGAAAAUGAGAAUCGCCCGAAGAGUCGAAAAGAAAAAGAUGUAAAAAAAAAGCAAAAUAUUUACAAGGCGGAAAAUGAUCGCCAAGAGACUCGUAAUGCCGCCGGACAUCGCAAUGUUUAUCACAAGAAUGGAUUCGAGAAAGACCUCGAUUUCUAUAAUAAUGGACGUCAGAGAGGAGACUUUGACAAGCAUGAUCGAUACGGUGAGAAACACGCUAUCGCCGAAGACACGUACGCGAAAGACAAAAGUAACAGUUCCAGAUUAGUCGAGAUAGAAGCCAAAGAAGGGGGUAAGUUCGAAAAGAUGCGAGCCGACUGAGAAGCCCAAGGUCAUCUUACGAUGGAUUCUUCGGGAACUUUGACGGAUUCAAAGAGAAGUCUGGUAAAGACUGGCUUAGCGAAGGGUUGAAAGUUCGCUUUCAGCAAUGACAGCUCGACAAGUGUAACAUUUGUGUGAGAUUGUACGAUGAUUAUUGAUUUAAAGAGAAAUUUAAAAAUGUUUAAACGCAUAUGUUCAAAAUGUACACUUAAUACAUUUAUUCAUGUAUUUAAAUAUGCAUAUUUUCAUUGUA